AUGGGCAAUAUAUCACUGAGCGGACUACAGGUACUGUUAUUCUUCUCAUGUGUGACAGCAGGUAAUGCCUUGAAUUUACUUGUACAGAAAUAUCUGCGUAGAAUCGGAUAUGUUUCGCGAAUAAAUCAAUGCGAGCGGGCGAAGAAUGGUUGAGACAAAUAGAAAUUCAACUGAAGGUCACAUAAAUCGACAAGAUUUAAGGUUCAAAUUUAAUAAGUUAAUAGGCUCAAAUCAGUACAACUGAGACAAGUACUGUAAGUUGGUUAUCUAGUGGUUUUAGAGAAGAUAUGGUUAACUCGUUUUAUAAGGACGUGCCGAACGGCUAAAACGUAAGCGGAAAGUUUUCGCCUAGCUAUAGAAGGCGUCAUGUGGGCACUCACUCUGUACAGGGGUCAGUGGACAGUGAGUGGAACAGUGAAACGGGUACGUGAAUUGCUCUUUGAAAACCUUGGUCAAACCUCUUAAAACACGGAGCUAAAAGUUUCGUCCGUCUGUUUACCGGUAACCUUGAAAUUCAUUAGCCAUUCAAAGACUGCAAAAAUCCGACAAAUAUUACCAUAAUAGAUACAGCAAACGACAGUAGAGUGACAUGGUAGGCAAACUUCAUUCACUAUGAGAGAAACAGAAAAACGCCAGAAAAAAAGGCGGUAGCUUAUCCAAUAGAGGUUACCACUGAAGAUAGUCGCAAUCGGAAAAAGUUAAAGCCGGGGAGUCUUGUGUUGCUAAAAACAUAUGGCUCUAUGUUAAUUCUUUUCUGAUAGAUCCUCGAUUAAAAAAUUCCUCUGGUGACGUACGGUCUUGCAUGUUUUGAAAUCCUGGCUCAUUUUUUAUGGAUGUUGUCUUACCGGAGGAUCCAGACUUUUCUCCUCGAGGCCCGGAAAAGUCUGGAUCUUGGCUUGGAUCAUGGGUGAGAAACAACAACAAACUUAAAUCCUUUGUAGCGAUCCCCUGCGGGAUUCGAGCCCGGCACCACCACUCGGUUGGAGACGAGUGCAACGGGCCGGCUUUUGACAAUAAUACUCCCCAUAGUUACCCUCUUCUAACUACAGUGAAACCUCUAUUAAGUGGACCCCAAUUAAGCGGACACCCUCUAUUAAGUGGACACUAAGCCUGGUCCCGAAACGAACGUCUGAUAUGUUCCUUUAUAACGAACCCCUAUUCAGCCGACACCUCUAUUAAGCGGACGCGGACACUAAAAUAAGGUGUACAGUAUUUGGCUAAUUUCUAUCGUUAAAAACCUCUAUUAAGCGGACACCGGACUGAAUUGACAAUAGUAGUAUUGGAUUACGUCCUUGAAAUACGGACUGAAGUCAGUUAAUACUUUUGCAUUUACAAACAAAUUAAAGUUGGUAAUGAAAGGUAAUGAAUAUUCUGGAUAGCUUCUUUAACAACAUGCAACUUUGUCACAGUACAGGGUAACCGUUGAAUGUUGACCGUUAACAGACAUUGCGCAACUUUUACAACCUCUAUUAAGCGGACACCCAGGAAGGUCCCGAAGAAGUCCGCCUAAUAGAGGUUUCACUGUAUGUACUACCAAAACAAUAAGUGGACCGCGAAUUCAGAGAUAAGCGUAACAGUUGACUUCGGCGCCAGACGUUCAAGACUCGGGUUACGUGGCUUUGUUUGUCAAACCAAAAAGGUGAACUCGCGUGGUCACAUUCUGAGGGUUUGAUAGGUCAAAAGAAGGCCAAAUCGGAUAAUGGUGUUCUCUAGCCUGUGUAGCUGGCGGGAUUAGCAGGCGAGUGCAGUAGUAUUUUGGCGGCCAGAGCCGCGUGAAGAUUGGGAGCAAGUCAAAUUGAAAUCCCGCCAGCCCUAAUUCUUGGGUAAUUUGAAUAGUCCGAAAACCAGGCGUACGGGAGUUUCUGAUUGGCUGAGAGGUGGUAACACGUCAAUCAAAUGUAAUGGUUAUCCGGCUAGUUUCUCCCAAUGGAAAGCUCGGAAAUGAAAUGAAAUUGAGCAAACUAACAGGUUCCUGGACUUUCUAAAAGUCCUUUCAAUUCAACAAUUCAACAAAAUAACCAGUUAAAGAAUUAAAUUAACUAGUAAAUAAAUGUUGUUUUUGUAUCGUUUGCAGUUUAUUCACUGCAAUGCUAUAGUUGUACCCUCGAGGAUAACCCCGACGCACUCAAACACUGCCAGUUACCGAAAUCUGGGCUUGGCAAUAACACAGUCGUCAGCUGUUCAUCGGGCGAAGAUCGUUGCAUUAUCGUAAAAACAUUUCGCAAGGACGGAACUGUGACCACCUUUAGGCGAAGUUGUUCUGCAGUUGGAUCAUGUUCAAACAAGUGUGCGUCCCCUGAUCCAGAAGGAAAAGCUGUGUGCGACUCUUGCUGCGAAGACGACUUGUGUAACAAGGGAGAGGGACCAAAGGCGUCUGAAGUGUCAGGGACAUCGAGGAUCACAAUAACCAGGGGCUUGUUCAUGUCCGGGGGUUUCCUUGUGUGGUUCUUGUUGUAACGUAACCCUAUGGCCAUUAACGAAUUUAUAUGCACCUAUAGAUUACAAAUAGUCAUUCUGCAAUGUGAUUCAUUCACGUAAAUUUCUAGGGAGGGACAUGUCAAUGAUGCCAGCUAAAAUUUAUGUUGUAGCAUAAAUCUUAUAGUCUACGAGUAGUCUUUUAAAUCUGAAGAAUCCCCGACAAAUCUUACAAGAGACUUUACUUUCUCAUGUAGUAUGACCAAGGAGUUAAAAUGACAUGGAUAUUGGGUGGUCGCGUGCGGCAUUUUUCUGCACGAUUACUCUUAUUCCAGCCUAUUCCCUAGGCGUUCUCGGCUCGGUCAAUCUUGGAUUCUACCGUGAGCUGUGACGUCACCGAGAGAUGCACGCUCGCUCUUUCUCAGACUUCGCGCGGAUAACGGGGCAGGAGAGAACGCCUAGGGACUAAGCUGCUCUUACUCAGUUCCAGUCCAGAAUUUGUAAACGCUGCGUCUUCUUAAACCCUUGCACAAUUCUAGACCACUACAACGAUUCAAACUUUUAUCGGGCCUUAAGCAAGUGCUAUAACUGAUAAGCCGGAGCAAGCAACUCCCUUGUGUCCAUUCAAUGGCGUUUUCAAAGCCCAGUUUAUUAGUUUUAGAACGCCGUUUUCGCGCGAGUUUUGAUUGUUAUUCUUACAAAUCGUGCAGGCAUAGAAACGUAAAGUAUUUCUGACUGCAUGUACUUCUUCUUUUGGUGAUUAAUUCACUAUGGAUGCGAACGCAUAUGAAACGGUGUUUCCAUUUUCGCGUGAAAAAGUGCUAAAAAAUGAUGCGAGAAAUAACUUGAUCUGUGAAAAAGCCGUUGCAUAGGCUAAGUAUGAGAAUUGCACUCUCCGGGUUAUGGGCUCCUGACUUCUGCAAGUUGCCUAAUAACAGAUCGACAUAUUUUACAAGCUUUAAAAGCUUUUAUUUUAUGUUAAUUAUAUGAUUUUCUCUUUUAGGUCUCAAAUGCGAUUUGUUUCAUUUGUUUCAUGUCAUUUUGUCUGAAGCAGUUGCGCAUUUGUAACGCAAAAAUUAACCAGCUUAGAAAACCAGUCACUGAUUAUUAA